GGCGGCGGUGCCAGGAAAGGGGCAGGGAGCAAGGUGCUGGCGGCGCUAGGUUUCCUGGAAGCGGAGCGAGGCGUGCAGCGGCUCCGUGCGCUUGCUAAGGCCGGGCCAGUGCACUUCCUGCUGCGGCCCCCUAGUCCCUGCGCGUGGUCCAGCAGCAGCUCCCCCCGCUGCCCUCCCGGAGCAGAGAGCGGGCGCCCCUGAGAGCAGGGCCAGCGCCAGUGGCUUUCAGACACUCCCGAGCUCGACAGAAAUUGGGCAGCCGCUGGAGCUCAGCUUCUCCUUUCCAGCAAGGUCUAACAGUACAGAAUGGCACCUGGUGCUACAUCUAAAAAGAAGACUGACGAUGAACAGUCAACAAAAGACAGCUUAAUUCAUCUCUCUAACCCUCACCUUGAGAAAAUGAAAGAUGAUAUAUUGUACCAUUUUGCUCUUGGUACUGGCACCCAUGAUUUUCCUGCCUUGUUUGGAGAUAUAAAGUUUGUAUGUGUUGGAGGAAGCCCUUCACGGAUGAAAGCUUUUACCACCUACAUAGCUAAAGAGCUUGGACUUGAAAGUGCCAGUGGGGAUUAUCCCAACAUCUGUGAGGGAACUGAUCGUUAUGCCAUGUACAAAGUAGGACCCGUGUUAUCAGUCAGUCAUGGUAUGGGUAUCCCUUCUAUAGCAAUCAUGUUGCAUGAGCUGAUAAAGCUGUUGUAUCACUCCAAGUGCUCCAAUGUAACCAUUAUUCGCAUUGGCACCUCCGGUGGAAUAGGUCUGGAGCCAGGCUCAGUGGUAGUAACCCGGCAAUCAGUAGAUGCUACCUUCAAGCCUCAGUUUGAACAGGUUAUUCUGGGCAAGACUGUAAUUCGCAGUACCAAUCUAGAUGACCAACUAGCUAAGGAAUUGAUGCAGUGCAGUAAGGAGAUAAAUCAGUUCAAUACUGUUAUUGGAAAUACUAUGUGCACUUUGGAUUUCUAUGAAGGCCAAGCCCGUCUGGAUGGUGCAAUCUGCUCAUAUGCUGAAGAAGAGAAACUGAAGUAUUUGAAGGAUGCUUAUGAUGCUGGAGUCCGAAAUAUUGAGAUGGAAUCUUCAGUUUUUGCUGCUCUUUGUAAUCUUAGUGGUGUCAGAGCUGCUGUGGUUUGUGUCACACUUCUGAAUCGACUUGAAGGGGAUCAGAUUAGCAGCUCACAUGAUGUACUUGUGGAGUAUCAGCAGAGACCACAGAAAUUAGUGGGACACUUUAUUAAGAAGCGUCUUGGUAAAGUGUGAUGUACCCAUCCCUUUGCUGGUUAUUAGCAGAAGGCUACUAUUUCUUUUGUAUGAAAAUAAUGAUCAUAACUAUAAAUGCAUAUACAAGUUAUUUUUACCUCAUGAUAGGUUAAACCAACCAAAAUGCACUUAAUUUAAUAAUUUGUAACCGUGUUUUAGUAGCAGAGCAUGCUGAAUAAUCUUAAAUUAAGAUUUAGUUUAUUUGUAUUGUUUCAGAGGACAAAAGGUUUUACAAUUUUCUGUAUAUUGGAAAUAGCCCUAAUGUGCAGCAUUAGAAUAUGGUAAUAUAUAAAAAGCAUUAUUUAUUCAUUUUAGCAAUAAUAUGUUAAAUAUUUGCAAAGCCAAACGUUAAAACUAGCUUCAAAAGAAGAACAAAACUAAGAUGUACUAUAAAUCCUUACUGUGUUUUAUGUUUAGUAAUUAUUGAGGAAAUUUAAUUAUUUUCAUAUCAAUAAACAAUUAUAUGACAAACCUUUCUUUGGCUUCCAAGCCAUGAUUCAAUAAGGUCCACAUGGAUUUAAUUCUAUACGUGUACUUAAGUCCAUAUGUAUUCAGCAAAACCCUUAAGCAUGUGUUUAAGUCCCAUGGCUUAAAAUGAAUUAUAUGCUUAAGUGCUUUAAUGAUUCAAAGAACUUCAGUGAGAAUUAAAAGCAUUC